AUGGCGUCUAGAAUGGGACCCCGAAGCGUCAAGGACGCAACACGCUUCACAUCAACCAUCCCUCACGCCACGUCUAAAACAGCCGGUGCGGCCGGGGGACGAGCCGCUGCCACGACGCCAAAGCCGUCACCUCGGGUUCCCGGCGAGACUCCUGAGCAGCGGGUUCGACGACUGAGGCAGGCACACAUCGCGGCACAGAAGGCACAGAUCAGCAGGACAGAUCGAGUCAUCGAUGCGUCGAGAAGGUUCCUGGAUGUUGCGCAUCGGUGGACAGUCGGCGGUAUCGUCGUCUUCACGGGUAUGAUGCCCCCAGCUCCUUGCGGUGCAUCUCAUUUGCACCUCGCCAAGCCAUUUUUCUUCACAGCUGUCGCUGGCGUAGUCAGCGUCUACUCCGUCUGGGAUAUGCUCCAAUACAACCGCGCUCGCCGCGCGGAAUGGGUCGAAGCCCAGAAGAAACUCGAAGCUGACUCCCUCGCCGCCGCCCGCAUAGCGUACCUCAAGGGAACCGCAACCGACGAGCAGAUUCUCCUCGUGGAAGAGGCUAACCGCGAAGCGAAAGAAACUGGCGUCAAGCUGCCGCCCCUAUUAGCGCCGGCGGAGCACCGGACACAUUUCGAGGAACACGUGAAGCCGAAGUUUUCUGGAGAUGCCGUCGAUGAGAAGAAGGAGGGAAAGGGCGUAUUUGGCCUCUUCUCGGGGCUCUUUGGUGGAUCAACGGCAGCUGAAGAGACGUCGUCCAACGCAACUGCGCCGUUGGCUGCCGACGGUGGUGUAGUGCAGUCAAUUGAGACCAAAGCCAAGGGUGCCUGGGAAAUAGAGAAACAGAAUCAACUGAAAGGCGGUAGUCUAGACCAACUGGGCCUAGAGACUGACAGUUCAGGGCAGAAAACAGGAAAGCGUGGCUGGUGGCCUUGGUAG